CGUCAUCAGCGGCCUGAACGAGCAGCUCUUCUCCAGUCAGACGGACGCGCGCGCGAUUUUAGAAAUUGGAGAUGCUGGAAAUACAAAUAAUCAAGAUCGAGGACCCGGGCUGUCUGUGGGCUCGAGUUCUGAAGGGUCCAGGCCUGCAGGUGGUCAGUCCAGAGGAAUACGAGAACCUGAAGGUCAGAAUGAACCUUUUCUAUCAUGAGGUCGACCUGGAUGUUCAGAAACUGAAGCCUUCGGAGCUGAAAGAGGGACUGGUGUGUGUGGUGUUCAGCGUGGCCCUGAAGAGCUGGUGUCGAGCUAUUGUUGAGUCCGUCCUGCAGGGGGUGCUGGACACUCAGGCCUGGUGUCUGUUAGUGGACUACGGAGACCGCAUCAUCGUUAGGGAGGACGACGUCAGGACUCCGCUUGAGAAGUUCCUGCUGCUUCCCUUCCGUGUGCGGCGCUUCAGGCUGGCCGCCGUUCGUCCUAUGACACUGCAGGUGCCGCUCUCUGAGGACACGGCCGAGCUGGUGCCGUCUGCAUCGUGGGACAGCUCCGCCACUAAAUACCUGCUCAACCUGCUGCAAGUGUCGACUCUGGUUGAAGCCGUUCUCUGUGAAACACAAGACGACUGCUCCUCCAUCGAGCUCUACCUGACCAUCAAUAAUACCAAGAUCUGUGUGAACCAUGAGCUGGUGGCCAAGAAGUUUGCGUGUUUCGUGAGCGAUGCGGACGGCAGCAGAAGCACAGAUCGGGCUCCGGUCAGUCUGGCGUGGGAUAUUUACUCCAGUCCUCAUCAGCUGCUGGAGAUGAAGGGCUGCUGCCCGCUCAGAGCUCCGCCCCCGGACACGCCCACCAGAAAGCAGCGCACAGACCACACACACACAGAAGCAGAGCAGCAGAAAGCAGAAGCAGCAGAGGAAAUACACACACCGUCUGUGGGGAAACCUCAAGUGCAGAAGCUGCGCCGUAAUCCUGGAACAUAUACUAUCGGCAGAGGAUGGAGGAUCCGAGCUGAAGCCACUGACCUCUUCACUGCUCAGAUUCACCACAGUAAAUCACAGUACAUGAAGUUUACCACACUUUUACAGCCAAAGCAGAUUCCUGAAUCUGUGGAAGAGAAGCAGAGCAGCCCUGGUCAAACCGAUGACAACAGCGAGGGUUCACGUGUUUACAAUGCUAUCGACUCUGAGGAGCUGAAAGAGGCAGAUCUCCCACAAGAGCCCAGUCUGGAUGAUCAUCUGGCCUGUGCACGACUUAUGCAGUUUCUGAACCCAGAUCCACUCAAUCCAGACCAGGAAACUGUUGAUGCCAAAGUUGCGCGCUGUGAUCCGGGUCACUCUGGUGUUUUGGUUCACUCCGCCAUUCGCAUUGAACCCUGCAGUAACCUGACGCGCGCCCCAAUCACAGAGCAGUUCAGAAAGUUCCUGUUGUGGAGGAAGUACAGUGGGCCGAAUGUGGCGGAGAGCUACUGUUGGCCUGCUGUGGCUCGGGGUUUUGACACGGUGCUGGUUUCUCACAGCGGGGACAAUCCUCUGUCUUAUAUUCCUCCCCUGCUGAUGAUCUUACAGACGGUUUCUGUGGUCUCCAGCCUCGCCGCUCGCACAGGGCCGGUAGCCGUAAUCCUCUGUCCAGGGUGGGAGAAGGUUCAGACGGUGCUGGAGCUCCUGGAGGACAGUAAAGCCACACACGGUCUCCAUCCCACCAGUGUGCUGCUGGGUGUGGACCAGGACGAGCCCAAGAAGUUCAAGAUCCAGAAGAACUGUCAGCUGCUGGUCACGACCCCAUUCUCUCUGCUCCGGCUGCUGGAGGCUCAGUGUUUCCUCUUCCUGCGUCUCUGUCACCUGGUUCUGGAUGAGGCGGAUCUGCUGUACUCGCAGGCUCCAGAUCAGAUCUCCAUCAUCCUGAAACACUUCCAGCAGCUGGUGUGUGCAGAGGAGCGGGUGGCGUGCCCACGGCAGAUCAUCGCUGUGGGUGGACGGUGGAGCGCGGGCAUCGACGGGCUGGUGAGGGAACACAUGAUCCACCCGACCGUCAUCAUCACUGUCAUGGAGGAGGCAGCGCUGUAUGGCAGAGUUCACCAGAGGGUGCAGUUGUGUCUGGAUUGCGAUAAAGUCUCGGUUCUUCUCUCGUCGCUGGAUUUCCAGCCGCCAAAACCGCAGAAAACUCUGAUCAUCACAAAUUCUGCAGAGGAAACGGAGCACGUGUAUAAGGCGGUGGUAAACACUGCGGUCUUCACACUCAAAGCUCACGAGGACGCGACGGACCAGUUCGACUUCAUCAUUGAUCAGUGGAGGAAGGACAUCAGCCAGGGAACGCAAGUCAUUCUGGUGACCACCAAUGACUGCCUGAAGGCCCUCGGCAUCCGGGAUGCCACCUGUGUGGUGCAUUAUGGGUUUCCCAGCACCCCGAAGCUGUUCGGCAGCCGCCUGUUCUGCAUGUCGGAGAAUUUCAGGAAGCUGUCAGACAUGGAUCACAGUGAGGACUGGACCCCCGGAGCUCAGUCUGUGCUGCUGCUGUCGGAGCAGAACGUCCGUCAUGUGUGCGGUGUCCUGCGGUACCUGCGGAGAACCGGUGCUCUGCUGCCUCCGGAGCUGCUGCAGUUCGCUUUGGGCAUCCAGCAGGCCAAGGAGGAGCAGAAGACGCACCGGCCGCUGUGCUGCUCGCUCAAGAGCUUCGGCUUCUGCAGAGACAGCACAGUUUGUCCAGACAGACACACAAUCAACACGUCUCUGGAUCAGACGCAACUUCCCGACUCCGGGAUGAUCAUGGUUCUGCCGCUGUUCAUCAAGACGGCGAGUGUGUACUGCGGGCGUAUCGUCAGACAGAAGGAGGAUUUAUAUGAGGAUCUGGCAACCCAGAUGAAACUGCAUUAUGCCAGUGAGAGACGCUGCGCUGUGGAGGUGCUGAAGGGGGCGCUGUAUGCCAUCCAGGAGGAGAACUGCUACCACCGUGUGCGUGUGCUGGAGGUGCCGGAGAAAGGAGAGCAGCUGUUCAGCAGCGUCACCGCCUGCCUCAUAGACGAGGGCCGCACACAGGAAGUGAAGUCACACCAGCUGCUCCAGCUUCCCGCUCAGUUCCAGGAUCUGCCCGGCCAGGCGGUGGAGAUCAUCCUGUGCAGAGUUCAGCCUGUGGACGGAGAGGUGGACUGGAACCCGAAGGUGACCAGAGCCGUCAGUUUGAAGAUCAGAGGGAAGCUUCAUCAGGCGCGUGUUGUCAUGAGUUUGGGAAACACCAUCUGGGUCGACCCCAUGGUACGUAUUCGUCAUCACGGCGCCACCAACAGGCCGAGGUUUGCCGGUUUUGUGAGGUUUCUGUUCCCUCUCUGUGGUCUUCAGGUAAGAAUGGUGAGAGUGCCAGGACUGAAGACCUUCAUCAACGAGUACAACGUCCACACGGAGAUCCUCGCCUCAGGCUUCGGGGUCAGUAAUCCUCAGCAUGUGGAUCUGCUGAAGACGGUUUUGCAGAGAGACCAGAACCACAACAUGCUGGAUCAGCAGCUCUCAGAACACAGGCUAGUCUAUUCGCUUCAUACUUGA